AUGGGUGAGACCUUCGAGUUCCAGGCUGAGAUCUCUCAGCUUCUCGGCCUUAUCAUCAACACCGUCUACUCGAACAAGGAGAUCUUCCUGAGAGAACUGAUCUCCAACUGCUCCGAUGCCCUCGACAAGAUCCGUUACGAGGCCCUGUCGGACCCCAGCAAGCUUGACAGCGGCAAGGACCUCCGCAUCGACAUUAUCCCCAACAAGGAGGCCAAGACCCUCACCAUCAGGGACACCGGUAUUGGUAUGACCAAGGCUGACCUCGUCAACAACCUCGGUACCAUUGCCCGCUCGGGUACCAAGCAGUUCAUGGAGGCGCUCUCCGCUGGCGCUGAUGUCUCCAUGAUCGGUCAGUUCGGUGUUGGUUUCUACUCCGCCUACCUCGUCGCCGACAAGGUUACCGUCGUCUCCAAGCACAACGAUGACGAGCAGUACAUCUGGGAGUCGAGUGCCGGUGGUACUUUCCAGAUCACCCAGGACACUGAGGGCGAGCAGCUUGGCCGUGGUACCAAGAUCAUCCUCCACCUCAAGGAGGAGCAGACCGACUACCUGAACGAGAGCAGGAUCAAGGAGGUCGUCAAGAAGCACUCCGAGUUCAUCUCCUACCCCAUCUACCUCCACGUCCUCAAGGAGACCGAGACCGAGGUCCCCGAUGAGGAGGCCGAGGAGAAGAAGGAGGAUGAGGCCGACGACAACAAGCCCAAGGUCGAGGAGGUCGACGACGAGGAGGAGGAGAAGAAGGAGAAGAAGACCAAGAAGAUCAAGGAGUCCAAGAUCGAGGAGGAGGAGCUCAACAAGACCAAGCCCAUCUGGACCCGGAACCCCCAGGACAUCUCCCAGGAGGAGUACGCCUCCUUCUACAAGUCGCUCUCCAACGACUGGGAGGACCACCUUGCCGUCAAGCAUUUCUCCGUCGAGGGUCAGCUUGAGUUCCGCGCCAUCCUCUUCGUUCCCAAGCGUGCUCCCUUCGACCUGUUCGAGACCAAGAAGUCCAAGAACAACAUCAAGCUCUACGUCCGCCGCGUCUUCAUCACCGACGACGCCACCGACCUCAUCCCCGAGUGGCUCGGCUUCAUCAAGGGUGUCGUCGACUCCGAGGACCUUCCUCUCAACCUGUCUCGUGAGACGCUCCAGCAGAACAAGAUCAUGAAGGUCAUCCGCAAGAACGUCGUCAAGAAGACCCUCGAGCUCUUCAACGAGAUCGCCGAGGACCGCGAGCAGUUCGACAAGUUCUACAGCGCCUUCAGCAAGAACAUCAAGCUCGGUAUCCACGAGGAUGCCCAGAACCGCCAGUCUCUGGCCAAGCUCCUCCGCUUCCACUCGACCAAGUCUGGUGACGAGACCACUUCUCUCACCGACUACAUCACCCGCAUGCCUGAGCACCAGAAGCAGGUCUACUACAUCACUGGCGAGUCUCUCAAGGCUGUGCAGAAGUCUCCCUUCCUUGACAUCCUCAAGGAGAAGAACUUCGAGGUUCUGUUCCUGGUCGACCCCAUUGAUGAGUAUGCCAUGACCCAGCUCAAGGAGUUCGAUGGCAAGAAGCUCGUCGACAUCACCAAGGACUUCGAGCUCGAGGAGACCGAGGAGGAGAAGAAGGCCCGCGAGGCCGAGGAGAAGGAGUACGAGCCCCUUGCCAAGGCCCUCAAGAACGUUCUCGGCGACAAGGUCGAGAAGGUCGUCGUCUCCCACAAGCUCAUCGGCUCUCCUUGCGCCAUCCGUACUGGCCAGUUCGGUUGGUCCGCCAACAUGGAGCGUAUCAUGAAGGCCCAGGCCCUCCGUGACACCUCCAUGUCCAGCUACAUGAGCUCGAAGAAGACGUUCGAGAUCUCCCCCAAGAGCCCCAUCAUCAAGGAGCUCAAGCGCAAGGUCGAGACCGACGGCGAGGAGGACCGCACCGUCAAGUCCAUUGCCCAGCUACUCUUCGAGACUUCGCUCCUCGUCUCCGGCUUCACCAUUGAGGAGCCUGUCCAGUUCGCCGAGCGCAUCCACAAGCUCGUCUCGCUGGGUCUCAACGUGGACGAGUCUGCUGAGACCUCGGAGGAGACCGCCGCCGAGGAGGUUUCGGCCGAGGCCACCGGCGAGAGCGCCAUGGAGGAGGUUGACUAG